AUUGAAAGAGAGGAGUCUGCUACUUCAAGGUCGCCGCCUCCGAGAACAGAUUAUGAUCGAUAGCCCUUUUAGUGAAAUCCCAUUACGUCUAACAGUAGCUUACAAUGGCAUUCGUCAGAAUAAUAUUACCAGUUGUAGUUUUUCGAAAUGUGGUCGAUUCUUCUCGUUUGUUGAUGAACCAAGAAUUGUUUUGUGUUAUUGUGUGAAUGAUCUUCUUUCCACUUGUUUAGAUGAAAAUAACUUUAAACCAACCCUUUCUCCUCACUGUCGUACUUCAAGUUUACUGUCAGAUGAGGUGGGCAACAACACUGAAUUGUACAGUUCAAACGAAAACUCUACAAAUACUAAUUGGAAGGCAUUGACUUCAGAAUUGCUGAAUGGUGAUUCAUUACCAAUAUAUAUAAAGCCGAUAUUUCGAAUAAAGGCCAAUGGAGAUGUAAUUUGUAUGACUUUUGCUGUCGGAGAUAGUUCUUUCUGUCGACUACCACAUCGUGCUAAUAAACGCAGAUCAUCUGUUGUUCGUGAUUCUCAAGUCUCUCUAUUGCUAUUGGGUUUAGCCUCUGGAGUUAUCGAAGUUUAUAACGUAUACGGAUUAAUAUCGAGUUCACCACAUGUCCCCAAACACGUUCUCACUGAUGAUUGUACUCUUGUAUAUCACCUCUCAGCAUCAGCUGAUGGAAGUCUUCGCGUGGGUUCUGUACAUCAUGGUGGUGAAGUAAGACUAUGGGAUUUAUGGGAUGAUGGUAAUAUGUAUGGAAAAUUACGACAUAAAUUCACUAUUCCAACAAACUCAAUUAUAAAUCAGUCGUCUAGUGAAAUUCAAGGUGAAGCAUGCACUUUUGCUUGGCAUCCACUUGGAAAGCAUAUAUUCUUGGCUGGUGAACGUGGUCACGGUGUUGUGCUUGAAGCAGAGUCUCCUUUUUCUCGAAUUGCUUAUAUUAGGUCUGGUCACUAUCAUAGAAUAUCUGUUGCCAAUUAUUCUAAAGAUGGGAGUUUAUUGAUUACUGCCUCCUAUGAUUCUUGUUGUGCUGUGUGGUCGGUUCCUGAAUAUCAAUGCUUACAUCGUUACUGGCAUAUGGGCCGUGAGCCUAGUAUUCCUCUUCGCGGAGGAUCAAAUGGUCAUCAUAUUUACGAUUUAGCUAUUUCUCCAGACGAUUUCUGUUUUGUAACAAUCUGUGAAGAUAGAUGCCUUCGUCUAUGGCCAUUAGCUCCUAUGAACUCUCCAUUGAAGAUAUAUUUUGAGCUUGCACUUCAGGCAAACUCUGGUUUCAAAUUUCGAAGUAUAGCCUUCAGUCCAUGCGGUCGUUUAGUUGCUGUUACGUGAGUGUUUUAAUCCUACUAUUUAUGUGAUGAUGCUUGUAAUGGUCAUAGUUUUAAGCUUUACUUCAAUUAUUUAGUAGUAUCCAGGUGACUACACCAUUUUGUGGUGUUUUGACAUGGAAUUGUGAAGUAAUUUCCGGGCUACUUUAAAGACCACCCUCACAACUGAUAUAUGAGUCAGGAUCUUGCUAAAAGCCAUAAGAAGACAUCCAGUAGUUGAACAGGCGUAUUAGUCACACAUUCCUCUAAAGCCGACUCAACAGUUUUUGACAUAAGCACAUUGUAUUUAUUAAAGUGUAAGGUUGUUCAGUAGUCAAAUAUACAAGACGUAAUAGAAUUAGAUUGACUCAUUCAAUAAUUUGAUGGUGGAUGAGCCACUUUCAAGACCAUCUUAACAAAUGCGGAGACAACUAAUCAUGUUUCUUCAUUUUAAAAACAACUACAUUCUGAGUCAAAAUACUGAAACCUGAUUGGUUAUUUCAUCAGUUGCCAGGGUGGCCUUUAAAGUCACUCCAAAAAUGAGGGGUUGGUUUCAAAAACGACCAAGCAAGUUCUAAAAUGACUAAUCACGCUCUUGUAAUUUUAUAGAAAAAAACUAUUUCUUAGACUGAAAUGGAGGAACGUAAAUAGUUAUUCCUAUAGUUGCUAGGGUGGACAUUACAGUCAUUCCUAAAGACAAUUUGCCGAUGUAUGUAGAAAUAGUAUCCGAAUAAUUACAAAUGGGUUUCAAGGUCACCCUAGUUGCUACGGCAAUAACGAAUCAGAUUUUGGCAUAUCGACUAGGUGGUUAGUUUUUAUAAAGUAAAGAAACGUAAUUGACUAUCUCAGUAGUUGUUAGGGUAACCCCUUAAAGUCAGUAAAUAAUCACUAACCCUUUUAGAAGAGGCUUUAAAUGCUUUAAAUGAUCAACUAGGCUCUUGAUUUCAUGCAAAAACUACCUUCUGAGGUGGAUUUCUGUUUUAAAGUGAAUGUAAAAAGAAUCCAAGUUUUCGAAUACAGGUGACUUCGUAGCAUUGCUCACGCAUGGUGGAAUCACCAGGUGUGCAAUAUAGAGGGAGGCUAGACGAAAGGUAUUGGUCAAGACAGGCAAAUCGAUUGAUAAGGUUGUGAAUGUUUACCAACUUAGGUGGUUUGAAAAUGUGCUGCGCUUGUUGAGCCACCGUCUACCUCUACGUGUAAUGCUAAUGGAAGCUGGACUAGAUUGGAAGGGAGUUCAUGGUGACUUGUCAACAGUCUAGAAAGUCUCUGAUUGUUGGUCUGAACUGUGAGACGAGUUGUAGACUGCCUGCUUGGGGUCAUCUGAAAACAGAGGUCGGGCAAUUCGAUCCUGUAUAGCAACAGGAAAUCGCAAGUAUCAUUGCAACGACUGAAACCCUUUGCAAAAGAGAUGGCGAUCGGGCCCCAGUGGCUUAGUGGAUAACUCUCUGGCGUUUGAAGCGAAGGGUACUGUGUUCCAGCCUCGAUGGGAGCAAUAUCACUCACUGAGGUGCAGGUAAAUCCAGUCGACGAGUUUCGAAUAGGACGAAACGCGCAUCUUGGAGUCCAUCUGCCAACAUCAGAGGUUAAUCAAUUUGGCCCCGUAUAGCAACGGGAAACUAAAAGUAUCAUUACUACAAUUAAACAACGUAGUUUAGAGAAUACAACACAACCAAGAUUUAUCCGUCCACCUGAGCUACAAAUACUUUUCAUCAUUUCAAUAUAUAAUCAUUGUGUACUGUGAAGUGGUACAGCUGUGCAGUAGGUGUGGUAUAUCUUUUACGAAAAUCUUCUUUUAUAGAUAUUGGUUCAUUGGAAACACAAAAGUGUUUGAUUCCAUUUCAUGCACUUAUGGAUUGUUGAUUAGUGCCUAACUUGUUCAAAAAUUUGUUAUCAAGCCUAUCCGGCAGUAACAAAUUGCUGUUUUUACUUGUCUGCACUGGUCUGCAACUAGUCCCAGAUUAAUAGUAGGGAGUGAAGUGGUGGGAUGUGUCGACCACUUACUUGGAGAGUUGUAUCAGCCGGAACGGACUGGUUACUGAUGUAAUCUCUGGUCGAAAAGAGAAGGACCGCCUAGGGUUUCCCAACUUGCGUCACUUGUGGCGUCGGUGAGAUAUUGUCCUAUCAAUCAAAGGGCGCGUAUACUGUGCUACAGUCCAUUCUGUCCUGUUAUAUGGCUGUGAGACAUGGCUGUUAAAAGUAAGAGAUGUAAAGCUGUUAUAGGUUUUCGAUCACAGUUGUCUUCAUAUUAUUGCUCGAGCCGGGUGGAAUCAGUGUGUGAGAAAUGCUGGCGAAAGGUACUAGGCAAUUCGAUUGAUGAGGUUGUGAACCUUAGUCGACUGAGAUGACUCGCUUGGACAUGUGUUGUGCAUGCCGAGCUAAACAAAGACGUGACACCAGUCGGUGAAGGCGCUGACUGUCGGUCGUUUAAAGCUUGAACACUUACACUAACCGCUGUCUUCAGUUUGUUUAUUCUCUCGCACAACUUUGCCUGGUCUAAUAUCACUCUUUUCCUACUAAAUGUGGUAACUUGAGGCGAUGCGCCUGUCUGCGAGGUUCUACGUUGAUUCUAUCUGUCUAUCUAUAGAUACUGUAUUGUUGCGUUAAAGUAUUUCUACCAAGAAGAAAGGUAAGCCAAAGCGUAAAGUUACCGGAAAGAUAUGCUGAAUAAAUCACAUUAUUUACCAGUGAGAACACAUCAGAGGAAUGAGGAAAUGGCCUAUCGGAUGAGGGGUAGUUUCAAGGAGUUUUGACUGAGUAUGAUAACUAUACAUUGAACAUAGUUUGCUUCGUCCUUCAAAGCCUAUGCGAUUGGAUGGUAACACUUCUUCCUUUUUACCAGGAACAUCAUGCCACACUACUCAAAUGUUUUCUUUUAAGUAGCAAACACCACAGUAUGACAGGCAUCUCAUGUUCGUUUUUACAGCAUUUUGUUUAAUUUGUUCUUGUUUACUAGUGGUGAUGUAUUGACUUUUCUUUGUAAUUUUAGAUAAUCUGUGUUUUUUUUCUUAAUUGUCCCUGGUAUACGCUAGAUUAACUUCUCUUCAUGAUGUUUAUGUUUACCUACCCCCUCCUCUUUUUAUAUAUAGUACCAAUGACCAUAGAGUGCUGUUGUUUACAACACCAUCGGAAUUAACUCGACUGAGUACACAGUGUUUUCAUACAAUUCGAAAAAGUGUUCUUCAAAGGCUGUUAGAAGACUUUUCUAAUCAGUAUGAAAAAUAUCAGCGCAGUAGUAUUGCAGUGAAUACUACUACUAAUAGUAAUAGUAAUAAUGGUGGUAAUUAUUGUACAGUAUUCCAAAGUUACAUUUCUCAACUACAUCUGCCUUUCCCGGUUAAGAAAACAGUUUUGAGAAAUUUUAUAAAUUAGCACGAAUACGUAUUUCUGACUACUGUAUGUGUUUCUAUGUCUUUUGCCAGCCCACUUUGUGUAUGCUGCUCCCUGUAUCAUUCUAUCGUGACUUCAAGAUUUUUUAUUCCACUGUAAUUUCGUUUUUGAUUUUUUCGCCUCUCUCAUAUGUGUAAACAUGUGUUAUGUUCGUGUUAUAACCCAUGUCGCCAUUUGUUAUAUCAAGUAGUCACUGACAAGGAUAAUAACAAGUGGUGACGGGUUCACAACAGUUUAUAGUAACAAAAGGAUGAAUUUUACAGCUUAGCAGUUUUUCGAGGAAACAGCAUACCUACCACUCCUGUUUAACGUUACUUACUAAUCGAUUCUGUCUAUUUUAUCUGCUUAAUAAAUGUAUAUAGUAUCUGUGAUAGGUUAUCGUUUUGCAGUAGAAGUAGUCAGUUGUAAAAGGCGGUAGAAGUGAUGACUUUCCUUCUUUGUAAAUCCAGUGAAGUAAAUCAUGACGAAACUGACACAUUGAUAUCACCAUAAAUUAAUCUGUCUUUCUUCUCUUUAUUUGUUUUUAUUCAUUACCUGUACAAUUGAUCAUAUUCAGUUAGUGUACAUGUAUAUUGACUGAAAUGAAUUCAUGAAAUAAAUUAUCAUUAGUCAGU